AUGGAAACAACACGAUUCGGUGCUGCCGGGCUGGCAGUGGGUGGUGGUGUUGCUGUCGCCACAGCACCCACCGCGGCCACCUCCCCGGUGGUAUCGCUCCCCGAGACGAGCGCGGUCAGUGGCGUCUUGAAUGGAAGCGGCCAAGUAGCGUCAACGGGAGGCACUACCAAUGCAACAGUAGGCAGCGCUGCAUCUCAGCAACCCAGCAUCACCCCUAGCAACAACACCAACACCAACAGCAGUAGCAGCAACAGUAACAAUGCCAACAAUGGUGCGAACAAUCUGAAGCGAAACAGUAUGCGGCCUAUCGGGGGCCAAACCGGAGCCUCCGAUGCUGCGGCUGCGUCCACCCCGUCCCCCUCGGGUGGAUCACCCUCCGGCGGCGCAGUGGCGUCCGCAGCAUCAACCACCGCAGCGAGCACGGCGACGGCGGUCAUCGACACGAUCGCCUCCACCGUCUCCUAUCACCGGCGGCCGUAUCCGGAUGCGACGGCAGCUCAGGAUCAGGACGCCCGGUAUAAUGGAGCCGGCGCCAAUGGGAUCGCCGGCAGUGGCAACGGCCUGCAGCACGUGAAGGCGGGUGCGAUCAGCAAUGGCAUUGGUGGGCCCAGCCUGCAUCACCACCCCGGCGGUGCAGGCCAACAGAAAGGUCAUCUGGUGAUGAACGGAAGUCAAACGCCAACGCCGGGCGCCGGCAACACCCAGAUUCUGACGCAGGCCGGGCUCGAAGAGUACAGCCGACAGUCGUACUACGAGCAGACGACGAUGUACCACCACCAGAAGCAAUCGUCCUACGCACAAUCGGAGGGCUACCACAGCUACGUCUCGAGCUCUGACUCAAGCUCGACGCCAUUCCUCGAUCGAUUGCGUCAGGACAGUGAGCUGCUGCUGUCGUCACGAUCGUCGCACAACUGGUCACAGCAGGACCUACAGCAGCUGGCCGUGUCCUCGGCGGGCAGCAGCAUCGGCGAUAGCCACAGCUCGGCCGAAAGCAACAGCUCGUCGACGGAAACCCUCAAGUGGCUCGGUUCGAUGAGCGACGUCUCGGUGGCCAGCCAUGCGACCGGAACGUCCGCCCUGUCCAGUGCCGGUUCAACCUCGCAGCUGAUUGCGCACAGUUCGCGCGUCCGGACGCCGCAGCGGCACAACUCCGAGAGCAUCCUGUACAUCGAACGAAUGUCGAACGAUGACCAAUCGACGCUUGGCGGUGUGUCCCAGUCGACGGGCUCGCUACUCAACACACUGACGCAUCGCCAACAACAGCAGCAAAGUCUUCACCACCACCACCAACAGCAGCAGCAGAACCAUAAUCGGCCACCACCGCAGCAGCAGCAGCAGCCACAGCAUCGACACAGUCAUUUGCUUGCGAACGGUGCCAACGGCAACAAUCUUUCGCCGACUUCACCGACGGCUGCUGCGUCGUCGACGGGCACGGGUGGAACAACGGCACCCGGCUCGGGAUCGCCCACGGGAUCGACGACGUCCGGCGGUUCCGCAUCCGCGACCAGCCGCUCUAGUCGUAGCAAUAAUCGGCUGUUUCCGAUCAGCACGUACACGGAACCACCCGGCGUUGGCGUUGCUGGUGGUGGUGGUGGCGGAAGCACCAGCAACGGGUCGUCCGCCGGAGGCGCUGGCUCGAUGACCGAUUUCAAGCAACUAAACUCCCACAACUGGCAGUCGGUGGCGGAGCGAAUAAACGAACUGGAGAAGCAUCAACAGCAGCACCAACACCACGGAAUCAGUCUGCACAGCAGCAGCACAUCGAGCCUGAACAGCGCCACUGCCGGCCCCGGAAAGACGCAGCUCAGUCAGCUCAAUCUAGCGGCGGCCGCUGCGGCGGCUGCUGCAGUAGGCAACUCCAGUUCUCUGUCGCCAUCCGGCAAGCAGCAGCAGCGGUACACGUACUUCGAUCCGAGCAAAACGCACCGCAUUUCGAACCCUUCGCUGAAGGCGUUCCAGAAGAACGCCGUCAUAUCGUACUUCGAGCGCCAGCAACAGCACGCCCGGGAAAGCAUUCACCAGCGGCCAACCUCACUGAACCUUUCGACGGGCUCCGCUGGCUCACCGGGUGGGGCAAGCACUUAUUCCGGUGGAUCCGCUUCAUCGUCGUCACCACCGUCAUCGGUGGCGACGGUGGUUUCCCCUGGCAGUGUCCAUUCGCAACGCUCCUCCAUAUCGAGUGCCUACUCGUCGGCCACCGGAAGUAUGAUGGAGCUCUCGAACGGUGGCUGCCCGCUGUCGAUGGGUAGCUACUCGCCACCGAGCAGUCUGGCCGUUCAGCAGCAACUCGACAAGCUCGCGGUGAACAACCUUCGCAAUCAGCUUGCCUCCGUGCACACGAUGAACUUGCUCAACAAGGUUGUAGUUCCUUCCGGGCUGGGAGAGCAGCAACAUCUCCAGCAGCAGCACCAGCAGCAGCAAAUGAUCAGCAACGCCACGCUGAUACUGUCCUCGGCUCAGACCAAUGGGCUACCCGGUAGCAGCCCAACGGAGACGCUCGCCAUGACGAGCGAAAGUCUUGAACUGAUCUCGUCCCUGGAUGGAGCACCGCCGCCGCCGCCACCACCGCGAAACCGCGCCUCGAUGGUGCCGAUGGGCGGUGGCAGUUUGGUACCGUACCCGUCAGCUCACAUGGCGGCCACCGUCAGAAGAACCUCAUCCGCCUCGGAAUACUCAUCGAUCCGUGAUAAGCUGAUCCAACAGCGGCAGCAACUGUCCAAGGAUCUGCUCGGCCCGAUGAUCAUGGGACCCAUCAUAGCCCUGGACGAUUGGGUCCCCGAGCGGCCACCGAAGAAUCCGAUGCUGCGAAUACCGAGCCCCGAGUUGCCACCGCCUCCGCCUCCGCUGCUUCACCCGACCGAGGACGUGCUGAUCAUCAACCAGGACGAACCGUUGCCACCGCCGCCACCGGAAAUCUUGCGUCACAUGCGCCAACUGAGUGACUCCGGUGACAGCCGUUCGAACUCCGCCAGCCGGCGCAACAGUUUUGCUGGUCAGACGAACAAAAAGAGUCUCUACCGGGCUUCGACGUUCGAAAAUCUGUCACCACCCGGUCCGCAGCAGGGACACCCGGGAGGGAACUCGGCCGCGGCAAAGACUCCAAACGGUGUUUCGGUGCCACCGGUGGUACCGAAGAAACCGCAACAAUCCUCGCCGGCGGAUGGACCACCGGCGAAUGGGCACCGUCGGCCGGCGUCCAGUAUGGCCAAAACGCAAACGGUUCCUUCGCUCAGUUCACACGCACCGAUCGGGAGCGUGAUGGCCCACCAUCACCACCGAAUGCAGCAGCACGCUGGUGGUGGCCGCACUUCGCAGGAGCACCACCGGCUGUCACUGCCGAUGCAACAGACCGUACACUCCGCACAGUCCGCGUUGAUGAUCGCGGCGGUGCAGCCACAGUUUGUGGCCGGUCGCCAAUCGGAUACACGCAUUUCCGUGCGCAAACGCACUCACAACUCGCAGCAGAUACCGGUGUCGGAGUAUCUGCUGAAGGCGAACGGAACAACGCCACCGCCACCGUUGAAACCGCGCAUGCCGGUGCAACCGUUGGCCGAGUGCAACGGGCAGCAGGCAACGGUGCAGCAGAUGCAGCAACAGUUCCUUCAGCACCAGCAUCAUCAUCACCAUCAACAGCAACAUCAGCAGCAGCAGCAGCAACAUCAGCAGCAGUAUCAUCAACAUCAGCAGCUCAUCUCGAUGGGAAGCAAAAGGAGCAACUCGAAGGCUUCGUAUCUGCCGAGGCAGCCACGCGACAAGCUGCACUCGUCCGAUCCGGACCACGGAAGCUACAAGCUGACGCUGACCUCGAACGAGGACUGCAUCAACCACACGACGGCGCCCAACAGUGGGGCGCCGAGCAGUGGCGGGGUCGGCGGAACUGCCGGAACCGACUGCUUCCCGGAGGAAAUUAUCGCCUCGCCGAAGUGCAACCUGCCGGACGUGCUUCCGCCCGGCGUCAAGUACUCGCUCUACUCGACCAACAACAACAACAACAACAACAACAGUAGCAACAUCAUCAACAACAACAACAACAGUCUCAACAACCAUCACAAUGGAAAGCCGGCCCCAAAGCAUGGCGGAGUGCUUUCCUCCCACUCGGCGCCGAUCAUCGCCACGGCCAACAGUCUGAAGUCGCUGUUCAACUUUGGCACACCGUCGCCGGUGGCCGGCGACCCGCCUAAGGACCCCGCCUGUCCGCCGACACCGUCCCCACCGGCGGCCCUGUUCAACGGCACCAGUCCGCCCAGUCUGCACACCCAGAUCCAGGCCACCUCGCCCAAGUACACCUCCCAGUCGUCGUUCGAUCUGAAGAAGACGCAGAUCCUCGAAACGUCGGCGGUCAUCGGUGGCGACGAUGGCGGUGGGAUGGACUACAAUGGCUACCAUCUGUGCAACGGCGGUACGGGUACGGGCGGCAUCCUGGGACUUCCGGCCACACCGAACACGAGUCAUACGUCGUCGGUGGUGAUCGACAGUCCCACGCCCCACGGUAACUGCGCCCAGCAGGUGCCACCGCCCUUGCCCUCCACCCCGAUCCCCUCUCUCGGUGGCGCCAAUUCAUACGGCCCCUGGCCACUGCCGGCCAGCCAGCCUGCACCCCAAACUGUACAUAAUUGCCUGGAAAAUGCCGAAAAAUCGACCAAUUUCGAGCCCGGCGGACGGUUGGAAGCGGACGCUGGGGCUGAAGGCGAACAGGAGGUGGCAAGUACCGUUGGGAGCGCCACCAACACAGCAGAGAGCGCCAUCGGCAGUGCUGUUCCGACCGUCGGAGCGUCCACACACGAUGCGCUGUCCGCUAACGAAACGGAAACUAACGCAGCAACCGUGGCCAAAGAGGAGGACCGAGGAGAAAGUCGUCGCGGUGUCGUCGCUGGCGGUGAUAGUGUCGGUGGUGGUGCGUGUGGCCUAACUCCGGGCGACGGUGGUUCCAACGAACCGAGUGAGUUGAGCUCGUCGGUCGGUGAAGUGGCCGGCAUUGGUGGCCGCGGACUGUUGCAGCGGACGGAGAUUGUGUUGCGUGUGCAGGCGCCGACCUCCGAGGCGGCCUCACAGACCGAGAACCCGCAGGACGUGGACGAGCUGCUCGGUGUGGCGGUCAGUGAGCUCACGAUCGACACGAUCGCGGGCAGUCGAAAGAAGUUUGCCGGCGGCUGCAGUGAUCGGGACGCACCGAGUGAGGUCACGCCACCCGGAACGCCCGGUAAGGAAUCGGGAGGACGGUUCUUUGGUAGUGCCACCAUCGGUCCGGCACCGGCAACGCCGCGCAAGCCGCACCCGGAGGAGAUCGACUGCGACAAGCUGUCGCACGAUCUCGUCAGCCAACUGUCCCCGUCCGAUAAGCUGCACACCAUACUGGCACCGAAAACAUUCAAAUCUUCGUCGGACUACGUGUCCGCCCUGUUCAACAUCCAGGUUGCGCCGCGGCCGCUCAAGAAGGAUGCAUCGACCGCAACGCCAGCGGAAGGUGGCGGUCCACAGAAAAGCCCGCUCGAUAUUCUGACGUCCAGCUCGACCUACUUUCAAAUUUCGGAACCGAAGGCCAAGCUGAUGACGCGCUACAGCCGCGAGAUGACCCUGAUCAACGGUGAUUGCUGUGAUUUGACCAAGAAGAAGGAGGAACUUGUCCAACGUCUUGGCAAGAAGCUACUAGUCCUGACGAACGAGCAGACGAGCAUCGCGGAGGAGAGCAGCGCGAACGAUCUGCUCGGCAACGAUGUCGCGCUUAAGGUGACGCAGAAGGUGCGCCCGGCCGACGCCUCAAAGUUCCGCUCGUACGUCGACGAUGUCGGCUACAUUACGAUGCUGCUCUUGUCCCUCUCCGGCCGGCUCGCGCGCACCGACAACGCCCUGCACAACAUCGAAGCUACCCACCCGGACAAGAAGAUCCUGGAAGCGAAACGGGACCGGUUGCUCGAGCAGCUGGCCGAGGCGAAGGAACUGAAGGACGACAUCGAUCGGCGGGGCGCGAUCAUCGCCCGCAUCCUCGAGCAGGCGCUCACGAUCGAGGAGUAUGCCGACUUCGACUACUUCAUCAACAUGAAGGCGAAGCUGAUCGUGGAUUCGCGCGAGAUCACCGACAAGAUCAAGCUGGGCGAGGAGCAGCUGGCCGCCUUGAAGGACACGCUGGUGCAGAGUGAAUGCUAAUCGGGAUCAUCGGUCUUGUUAGGGUUACGCGUGUUAGGCAGCUAGAGCUGCGAUUUACUUUAGAAUAUAGAGUCUCUCCACUCUUUGUAGCAUUUUAAGAACCGGAUCGUGCAAGAAACUCACUAGGGAGAGGGAGGGCAGGCCAGCAGGCCACAGGUUGUGUUCCGGCGCCUGUUCCACAUUUUUUGGCUGUUUUUUUCUUGUGUGUAGUUUAAGUGGUAAAACGAAGGAGUGGAAACGUGGGAAACACACAGGCGGAAAGGCGAUCGGA